GAGACGGACCAGCUGGAGGAGGAGAAAGCCGAGCUGGAGUCGGAGAUCGCCGAGCUGCAGAAGGAGAAGGAACGGCUGGAGUUUGUCCUGGUGGCCCACGCCCCCGCCUGCAAGCUCCCCUUCGAGGACGUCGGCUCCUUGGGUGCCGGCCCCGCCGAGGUGAGCACCCUGGGCAAGGAAGAGUCGGCGGGGACCGUCGCCUUCCUCCCCCCGGGUCCGUUCCAGCCGAGCGCCCAGGGCCCCUUCCCCAGCUGCUGCUUCGCGCCCGGGGUGUCCUCAGGGCCACCUAACCCAUCCUAUACGUCUUCGUUUGUGUUCACCCACCCAGAGGGAGCCACCUGCGGAGCCUCGCAUCAGCGGAGCAGCAGCAGCGACCAGUCCUCGGACUCCUUGAAUUCUCCCUCGCUCCUCGCGUUGUGA